UCCUUCUCCGCCGACAUUUCGAGCUUCUUCUUUCUUUUGCGCUUCCGACAUAUAUCAAGCCCCAAAUCGCCUUCUUCAACUUGAUCUCGCUACUAUCCACUUUUCAUCAACUUCUUAUCACUUUUCUCCUCCUACCAUACACCCAUAACCAUCAUCAUGCCUCGUCAACGCCGUGGUGCGCCUACUCCUGCCCGCAGCGCUCCCACCAGACCUACUGCUGCUCCCGCUAGACCGGCCGCUUCUCCCUACGGCCAGCAGCAGGCGCAGCCUCACUCUACUGCUGCUCACCCCCCUCCUCAGGCUCAGCAGGCUCCUCCUGCCCAGUCGCAGGGCCCGGGCCUUUUCGGCCAAAUGGCAUCGACCGCAGCUGGCGUCGCUGUCGGUUCCUCUAUCGGACACGCCAUCGGUGGUAUGUUCAGCGGUGGCUCUAGCGCCCCUGCUGAGCCCCAGCAGGCUGCCCCUGCCCAGCCCAUGGACUCUGGACUGUACCAGAGCAACGCCGCCAACAGCUCGUACGAGAACCCCGCCUGCCAGACCGACGUCCUCAACUUCCGCAAGUGUAUGGAUGAGCAGCAGGGCAACAUGAGCAUUUGCGGAUGGUACCUUGACCAGCUGAAAGCCUGCCAGGCUGCUGCCAAGCCAUACUAAGCAUUUGCUCUUAUCUUUUUCUUUGUUCAAUUUGUACUUUGGGUGAAAU